GUUUUAUUGGUCUGUGAUUUUAUGAACGAUCAAAAGAAUGCAAAGUGAACGUUUCGUAGUUAAGUAUAUCUCAGUGAACAAUUGUUUUGCCUAUUUGCCGGACACCUGGUUACGUAAAUUAGAAACUAAGGAAAAUGUAAUUCAAAUAAUACAUAAAGAUAAAACGUAUUAUAUGUCCUACAACGUAAGGCCGUAUGUUAAUGAAAUUUUAUGCUUGGGAACAAUUUUUGCAAGGAGUUUGAACAUUAAAGAAAAUGACGAAGUAUUCGUAUCUUUCGUAAGGGAUGUUCCAGUUUUAACAAAAAUUGACGUUACACCUCUCACUACGUCCGACAGAGAAAUCUUGGAAAUACAAAUGGAAAAGGUACAGUCGACGUUGCUUAAUCAAAUUCGAGUGGUGGCAGAGAGGCAACCGAUUAUCGCGUGGGUUUCGAAGCAUACGUUCGUAACGUUAAUUGUAGAAUCAUUAGAACCAUUAACGAAAUGCGGGAAACUCGAGCAGUUAUCCGAGAUCCACAUCUCUGACACGGUGGUAAAUGAAGAAAGUAGCGAGUCGAACGAAAAUCCUAAACAAUCUGGUGUUAUGAACAAUUUGAUUUCUGCUUUCAAAAAAUUGUUACCAACUGUAAAUGAUCGAAACUCGCAAAUAGACCAAGCAACGAGGAACUAUCAACUUCUACAGAGUUUUCGAGAUAGAAAAAUAACCACGGUGUAUCGUGUUCAUCCGAUGCCUAGCGUAAAUGCAGUCAAAGGGAACGAGUUCGACGAGAUCGCGCGUUGCCCUUACCAUGUGUUCAUUUCAAGAAAUCAGGCGCCAAAAUUCCCGGGCUCAAGCGAUUCUGCUAUCUGUCGUAUAAAAAAGAUUCCAGAAGACAAGCAACACGUGAACGUGACGAGCACGAAUUUUCUAACGAAAGACGAAUCGCCAGUUCCAAAGCUUUCUACAGAAUUGAUAGUGAAAGUAUUUAUAUUGGAAGACUUUUUAGAGAAAUUCUCCGCGUUGGAUAGAAACCAUUUUAACGUUGAUUUUCGUCACAAAAGUAUGUAUGUGUCGGACAGUUUGAGAAUCAGUUUGAGCUUGAAGAUAGGUGCGAAAGUGAGUUUGUGCCCGAUAGAUAUGUCCGAGACAUCGGAACUGUCUUCCAUUGAGUUGUUUUCAUGGGAAAACUCGGUGACUAUAGAAGAUUUCAAGAAUUAUGUUAAAACCCGUUCUUUUUACAAAGAACUGUUAAUCAAUACUUGUGCUGUUAUUGUUCUGGAUAAUGGAAAUUGUUGUAUAGUGAAAAUUUCACCGGAGGAUUGUAAGUUCGCCAUGAUCACACAAGACAAUUUAAGCGAUCUCAGAAUACACGUGAGGAAUGUGAAAGAGAAAAGUCAACUGAGAAUAUCUGAACACUUUGAUCAAGAAUGUCUUUCGUUAGGGAUGGCAUCUACGAGACAUUUGAGUAAAAUUCUAUCAGAGUGUGAACUUGCGUUAGAUCUCAGUCUUGGCUUGAAAACGCAAUUACCAUUCGAAUACGAGCCUGAGAAUAUUUUAAUCUCCGGAGUGGUUGGUUCAGGCAAAACUACUGUUUGUAAGAUACUUAUAGAAAAACUACAAAAGCCACCAUAUUUUGUGCAUACCCACAUGAUAGAUUGUAGAUCUUUAAAAGGAAAGAAGGCUGAAACGUUACAAAAAAUUAUUGUGACUGCUCUAACUGAAUGUAUUUAUUAUCAGCCUUCGAUAUUAUUUUUGGACGAUCUAGAGUCUAUCACUAGCGCGUCCAUGAAUGACGAAGAGAAUACUCCAGAUGCCAUAAACGCUGCCAGGAUCACAGAUAUGUUGAUUAAUACAGUGAUGCAGUAUCAAGAAUGUUAUCAAGUAUCAGUGAUUGCUACGUGCGUAAGCGUUAGCAGGAUAGGUCAAAAAUUAAGACCAGCCAGAGGCUGUCAUUUUUUUAGAACUAUUUUAUCCAUUCCUAAUCUGGAGAAGGUGGAUAGAAUCGAUAUUUUGCAAUUAAUGCUUGGGGACAAAUUGUACGUGCCUGGAGACGUGAAUUGGGAUUACUAUGGAAACAAGACCGAGGGAUGGAUGGUCCAGGAUCUCGUAGAUAUGGCUGAGAAAGCAGCAUUCGCCGCUUGGAAGCGUCAUGGUACUUCCAUGCCUCCAGUCGAAGUGGAUGAAAAGGACGUAGCGAUUGCCUUGAAAAAUUGCACGCCGAUAUCAUUGCAAGGUAUACAAUUGUAUAGAGGCGAGGGUCACGUUUGGUCAGGUAUCGGUGGAUUAGCGGAAGUGAAAAGAUCACUGGUAGAAAUUUUACAAUGGCCUUUGAAAUAUCCUGAAAUAUUCAAGAACGCCCCGAUUAAGCUACAGAAUGGUGUUUUAUUGUAUGGUAUGCCUGGCACGGGAAAGACGAUACUCGCCAAAGCGAUUGCUAAUGAAUGCGGUGUUAAUUUAAUUAGCGUUAAAGGACCAGAAUUAUUGUCAAAAUAUAUUGGUGUUAGCGAGGAAUCUGUUAGAAACGUAUUCGAGAGGGCUCUUCGUGCUAAGCCGUGUGUUCUGUUUUUCGACGAAUUCGAUAGUCUUGCUCCAAGACGAGGUCACGAUAGUACUGGAGUCACAGACAGAGUAGUAAACCAAUUGUUAACACAAAUGGAUGGAGUUGAAGACAGAGAAGGUGUUGCGGUCGUGGCAGCGUCUUCAAGGCCGGAUUUAUUGGAUCCAGCACUACUGAGACCUGGACGUCUCGACAAAACGUUAUAUUGUCCGCUUCCAGAUGAGGCGGACAGGGAAGAAAUCUUAAUCGCUCUAUGUAAAACACAGAACAUAGAUACGAUGGAAUUAGAUUUAAAAGAGUUAGCAACGCUUUCUUCAGGAUUUACCGGUGCGGAUUUAAAUGCUGCGGUGACACAAGCUAGGCUAGCAGCGUUCGAGGAUGCUGUUGCGAAUGCUUCUGACGGAAAGAUCGAGGCCGAGGACAUUAAGGUUUCUCAGACGCAUUUAAUCGACUCCAUGAAGUCUACCCACCCUUCUCUAUCGCGUCUCGAAAAAAAGAAAUAUAAAAGCAUUUACGCCAAAUUUGCGAAGAACGACAAUUUCGUGGAAGAUAUAUUGAACAAUCAGAAAGCUACUUUGGCAUGAACAUCGGAGGCAUGAGGAUCAAAGCAGUCAAAAAUCAUAUUCACUGUGUAAUUUUGUCUUUUGAUACAGGAAUUAAAGAUAAGUAUACUUA